AUGUCCAACGGCAGCUCCAUCACCCAGUUCCUCCUCCUGGCAUUUGCAGACACGCGGGAGAUGCAGCUGUUGCACUUCUGGCUUUUCCUGGGCAUCUACCUGGCUGCCCUCCUGGGCAACAGCCUCAUCAUCACAGCUGUAGCCUGUGAUGACCACCUUCAUACUCCCAUGUACUUCUUCCUCCUCAACCUCUCCCUCCUUGAUCUGGGCUCCAUCUCCACCAUUGUCCCCAAAUCCAUGGCUAAUUCCCUCUGGGAAACAAGGACCAUCUCUUACUCAGGAUGUGCUGUCCAGGUCUUUUGCUUUCUCUUCUUGAUUGUAGGGGAGUAUUGUCUUCUCACUGUCAUGGCCUACGACCGCUAUGUUGCCAUCUGCAAACCACUGCACUAUGGGACCAUCCUGGGCAGCAGAGCUUGUGCCAAAAUGGCAGCAGCUGCCUGGGGCAGUGGGUUUCUCAAUGCUGUGCUUCACACUGCCAAUACGUUUUCACUACCGCUCUGCCAAGGCAAUGCUGUGGCCCAGUUCUUCUGUGAAAUCCCCCUGAUCCUCAAACUCUCCUGCUCAGACUCCUACCUCAGGGAAGUUGGGCUUCUUGUGGUUAGUCUUUCUGUAGCUUUAGGGUGUUUUGUUUUCAUCGUGCUGUCGUAUGUGCAGAUCUUCAGGGCUGUGCUGCGGAUCCCCUCUGAGCAGGGACGGCACAAAGCCUUUUCCACGUGCCUCCCUCAUCUGGCCAUCAUCUCCCUGUUUGCUAGCACUGCCAUGAUUGCCUACCUUAAGCCCUCUUCCAUCUCCUCCCCAUCCCUGGAUCUGGUGGUGACAGUCCUGUACUCAGUGGUGCCUCCAGCAAUGAACCCCCUCAUCUACAGCAUGAGGAACCAGGAGCUCAAAGAUGCACUGAAGAAGCUGAUUCAAUCAGUUAUCUUUCAGCAGUGA